AUGUCAGACGUUGGCGGAAGUGCAGCUUGGCCGCCGCGGUUGUUUUCAGGGUCUUGGUGUUGCCGAGCGUCGGAACAGCAAAGAAGAAAAUGCCGGAGCUAGCGGUGGAAAAUGUGGUCGUUCACCCUUUGGUGUUGCUCAGCGUGGUCGACCAUUUUAACAGAAUAGGGAAGGUUGGCAAUCAGAAAAGAGUGGUGGGAGUCCUCUUGGGGUCGUGGCAGAAGAAAGUUCUUGAUGUGUCAAAUAGCUUUGCAGUACCGUUCGACGAAGAUGACAGGGAUGACUCCGUGUGGUUCUUGGACCACGACUACUUGGAGAACAUGUAUGGCAUGUUCAAGAAAGUCAAUGCCAGAGAACGAAUUGUGGGAUGGUACCACACGGGGCCCAAGUUGCAUAAGAACGACAUCGCCAUCAACGAGCUCAUCAAGCAGUACUGUACAAAUUCAGUGUUAGUCAUUAUUGACGUGAAGCCCAAAGACCUCGGCCUUCCCACAGAAGCGUACAUAUCUGUGGAAGAAAUACACGACGACGGAACGCCGACGUCCAAAACGUUCGAGCACGUCACCAGCGAGAUUGGAGCCGAGGAAGCCGAAGAAGUGGGAGUGGAACACCUGCUCAGAGAUAUCAAGGACACCACGGUGGGCACGCUGUCGCAGCGCAUCACAAACCAGGUCCACGGUCUGAAGGGGCUCAACUCCAAGCUGCUGGAAAUCCGCUCGUACCUGGAGAGGGUGACCGCCGGCAAGCUACCCAUCAACCACCAGAUCAUCUACCAGCUGCAGGACGUCUUCAACCUGCUGCCCGACGUCAAUCUGCUGGAGUUCACCAAGGCGUUCUACCUGAAGACCAACGACCAGAUGCUGGUGGUCUACCUGGCGUCGCUGAUCCGCUCCGUGGUGGCCCUGCACAACCUGAUCAACAACAAGAUCUCCAACCGGGACGCCGAGAAGAAGGAGGGCCAGGAAAAGGAGGAGGGCAAGAAGGAGAAGAAGGACGACAAGGAGAAGAAAGACGACAAGGAGAAGGACAAAAUGGACGGCGCCAAGAAAGACGAGAAGAAGAAGAAAUGAGCGUCUGGCGGGCUAUGAGUCGGACUCGAUACGGGGAACGGGGUCAACGGGGGUACACGCGCGCUCGUAUAGAAAGACUGUUCUCGAUGACGACCACGGUGAUGUUGGCUUCCUUUGCGUUCUGAAAGACCGGAACGUGUUUUUUUUUUUUGUCUUUUCAUAGUUGCCAUACUAUUACUACUACUUUGGGAAUCAUUUAUUAAAUUGGAAUCCUUUUCAAUUGA